GUUGGAGACAAAUAGAAAAGUGAAGCAAUUGGUCAAGGAACUAAAGUCCUAUGAUAAACCACCUCUGAUAACCUGCAAAAAUGUAUGUCUCUAUAGUCAUAUAAAUAGGGGUAACAGAAGAUGCCACUGAAACCAAGAUUUUCCAAAGAGACUAACCAAGGGAGAUGCACAGCAAUGGGGCCAUUUAAGAGUUCUGUUUUCAUCUUGGUCCUUCACCUUCUGGAAGGGGCCCUGAGUAAUUCACUCAUUCAGCUGAAUAACAAUGGCUAUGAAGGCAUUGUUAUUGCAAUUGACCCUAAUGUGCCAGAAGAUGAAAGACUCAUUGAAGAAAUAAAGGACAUGGUGACACAGGCAUCUCCAUACCUGUUUGAAGCUACAGGGAAACGAUUCUAUUUCAAAAGUGUUACCAUUUUGAUUCCUGAAAAAUGGAAGACAAAACCGGAGUAUGUGAGACCAAAACUCGAGACCUAUAAAAAUGCUGAUGUUCUAGUUGCUGAACCUAAUCUUCCAGGUAACGAUGAACCCUAUACUGAGCAGAUGGGAAAUUGCGGCGAGAAAGGGGAAAAGAUUCAUUUCACUCCUGACUUCAUAGCAGGAAAGAAGGUGAAUCAACAUGGACCACAAGGAAGGGUCUUUGUCCAUGAAUGGGCUCAUCUACGAUGGGGAGUAUUUAAUGAGUACAAUAAUGACCAGAAAUUCUACUUAUCUCGGGGGAAAAAGGAAGCAGUAAGAUGUUCAGCAGCUAUUACUGGUAAAGCUAAAAUAAAUAAGUGUCAAGGAGGAAGCUGUGUCACCAAAUCAUGCAAGUCUGACAGAGUAACAGGGCUGUAUGAAAAAGGAUGUGAGUUUUUACUGGACUUCACCCAGACAGAGAAGGCUUCCAUAAUGUUUUCACAAACUAUCAAUUCAAUAGCCCAAUUCUGUACAGAAAAAAACCACAAUAAAGAAGCCCCAAAUCUGCAAAACCAAAAGUGCAAUCUCAGAAGCACAUGGGAAGUGAUUCGCGAUUCUGAGGACUUUAAGAAAACCAGUCCUAUGACGACACAGCCACCAAAACCCACCUUCUCGCUGCUGCAGAUCGGACAAAGGAUUGUGUGUUUAGUCCUAGAUAAAUCUGGAAGCAUGGCGAUCAGUGACCGCCUGAAACGAAUGAAUCAAGCAGGCAAACUUUUCCUGCUGCAGACAGUGGAGCAAGGGUCCUGGGUUGGGAUGGUGAUGUUUGACAGUGCUGCCUAUGUACAAAGUGAACUCAUCCAGAUCAACGGUGGCACGGAAAGGGAUGUGCUCAUCAGAAAACUCCCCACAGCGGCUGCAGGAGGAACGUCCAUCUGCAGUGGACUUCGAUCAGCAUUUGCUCUCAUUAGGAAGAAAUACCCAACAGAUGGGUCUGAAAUUGUGCUCCUGACUGACGGGGAGGACAGGACCAUUAGCACGUGCUUCAACGAGGUGAAGCAGAGUGGAGCCAUCAUCCACACAGUUGCUCUGGGGCCUGAUGCAGCGAAAGAACUGGAGGAGCUAUCAAAAAUGACAGGAGGUUUAAAGACAUAUGCUUCGGAUCAAGCUCAGAACAAUGGCCUCAUUGAUGCUUUUGGGGCCCUUUCGUCAGGAAAUGCAGCUGUCUCCCAGCAUUCUGUCCAGCUUGCAAGUAGGGGAUUAACUCUCCAGAACAGUCAGUGGAUGAAUGGCACAGUGAUUGUGGACAGCAGUGUGGGAAACGACACUUUGUUUCUCAUCACCUGGACGGCGCAGCCUCCCCAGAUCCUUCUCUGGGAUCCCAGUGGAAAGAAACAAGAUGGCUUUUUAAUGGACACGCACACCAAAGUGGCCUACCUCCAGAUCCCAGGCACUGCCAAGUUUGGCUUUUGGAAUUAUAGUCUACAAGCAAGCUCGCAAACCCUGACUUUGACUGUCACCUCCCGUGCAUCAAGCGCUACCUUGCCUCCAGUUACAGUGACCUCCAAAAUGAAUAAGGACACAGGCAAAUUCCCUAGUCCCAUGGUAGUUUAUGCCAAGAUUCACCAAGGAGCCUUCCCAAUUCUCGGGGCCAGUGUUACAGCCCUGAUAGAAUCAGCAGAUGGAAAAACAGUUGCCUUGGAAUUAUUGGACAAUGGAGCAGGUGCUGAUGCUACUAAGGAUGACGGUGUCUAUUCAAGGUAUUUUACAGCCUACGAUGCAAACGGUAGAUACAGUGUAAAAGUGCAGGCUCUGGGAGGAGUGAAUGCAGUCAGGCGGAGAGUUACACCCCAGCAGAAUGGAGCCAUGUACAUCCCUGGCUGGAUUGAGGAUGGUGAAGUAAAAUGGAACCCACCAAGACCUGAAAUUAAUAAGGAAGAACUUCAAGGCAAGCAAGUGUGUUUCAGCAGAACAUCCUCGGGAGGUUCAUUUGUGGCCUCCAAUGUCCCAAAUGCUCCCAUACCUGAUCUCUUCCCACCUUGUCAAAUCACCGACCUGAAGGCAAAACUCCAAGGGGACAAUCUUAUUAAUCUGACGUGGACGGCUCCUGGGGACGAUUAUGAUCAUGGAAGAGCUCACCAGUAUAUCAUUGGAAUAAGCACAAGUAUUCUUGAUCUCAGAGACAAGUUCAAUGAAUCAAUUCAAGUGAACACUACUGACCUCAUUCCAAAGGAAGCCAAUUCUGAGGAAGUCUUUGUGUUUACACCAGAAGGCGUCACUUUUGAAAAUGGCACGGAUCUCUUCAUCGCUGUUCAGGCAGUUGAUAAGGUCAACCUGAUGUCAGAAAUCUCCAACAUUGCACAAGUAUCUUUGUUUAUUCCCCCACCGACUCCUCCGGAGACACCUAGUCCUUCUCUCCCUUGUCCUGAUAUUAAUGUCAACAGCACCAUUCCUGGCAUUCACAUUUUAAAAAUUAUGUGGAAGUGGCUAGGAGAAUUGCAGCUGUCAGUAGCUUUGGGUUGAGUUUUCACGAGCUAAAUAAAUCACCCAUCCUCGUUAUCACAAUAUUUUCUAAAAUGUAUUUUAGACUACCUGUAGGGAGUGAGUUGAUGAAAUAAAAUGCUAACCAACUGGAUAUGUAUGU